AUGUCACAGAGCUUUAUCUUUCUGGGCGAUUUAGUUGUGGUUACUUCCCUCCCUCAGGAAAAUGGAGCUUUGGGCAGUGUAUUGAUAGUACAAGCCAUGCAUGGAGAUAAAGACAAAUCAGUAGAAGAUAUUGCCAUUGGCAUUAUGUGCAGUAUCACUGAAAUAAAAGAUGGAGAAAAGAUUAGUGGAAGUGAAGAGAGAGGCCAGACAAGGAAACAGAAUCGGUUUAGGGGACCUCAAAGACUCACAGACCAGUGCAGCAAAAGGGAAGAAAUAGGCCAAGCUAAACAUGAGGGAGAGUUUGAAAGGGGUAGAAGACUCAUCAAACUUUCAUGCAGAUUGCUGACGAAGCAGCAGCAGAGUGCAGCGACGUUCAGAACGAGGCCGGAACAAAUACAAACAGAUGAAAAUCAAGGGCCAUCCAGGAUCUCUGAACAAUCAGAACUGGGAACAGUGCCAUUGACAUUUGCACAUCAAGCUAUGCCACAUUUAGGUCUGGUGAGGACCUGCCAAAGUACAUGUUGUUAUUAUUACAGAGGUCACAAAUGUGCUAUAAAAUCUGAUGAGAUCAAUUCCUCAGCUGUCUGGAUAAGAUAUCAGACUUUUUCCUCUUAA